AUGACCGACCACAUGGUGGACACAGAUUUCUUCCUCAUGGAAUUGUCUGACAGCAAGCAGCUCCAGGUGCUCCAGGGCUUUAUGUUCCUGCUGAUUUACUUGGUGUCCCUAAUGGGGAAUCUUAUCAUCAUGCUUACCACUGUGGACCACUGUCUUCACUCCUCCAUGUACUUUUUCCUUAAGGACUUGUCCUUCCUCUAUGUGUGCUUCAUUUCAGUCACAGUCCCAAAGCUUAUUCUCAACUCUUUGUCUCACAGGAGCACUAUCUCUUUCCCAGGAUGUGUGUGUCAGGUCUUCUUCAUGGUUUCCUUUGCUGGAACUGAAAUUUCCAUCCUCACAGCCUUGUCCUGUGACUGUUAUGUGGCCAUCUGUCACCAGCUGCACUAUGAUACCAUCAUGGAGAGGGCAGAAUGUAUGCUGAUUCUAGCUGCCUCGUGGCUAUUUGGAAGUCUCUUUGGGGUCUUAUACUCAUAUGGCACAUUUUCUUUAUCUUUCUGUGAUACCAGAAAAGUGCCACAGUUCUUCUGUGACGUCCCCUCUCUGCUGAAGAUUUCUUGCUCAAAUAUGCAUGUCACCAUUCACUCUAUUCUCAUCUUAGGACUCACGUAUGGGUAUUUCUGCUUAGUGUCCAUAGGGUUUUCAUAUGUUUACAUUUUCAACACAGUGUUGAAAAUGCCCUUCUUAAAACGGAUGUCAAAAGUCUUUUCUACCUGCAUGCCCCAUCACAUAGUCAUCGCCACAUUUUUAGUCACAGAUGCCACAGCCUAUGUGAAACCAGUUCCUGAUUCCCCACAGCUUUGGGACUUUUUGGUAUCUGUUUUCUAUUCUGUGAUGCCUCCAUCUAUGAACCCUAUAAUAUACAGCCUAAGGAAUAAUGAAAUGAAAGCUGCGUUUUGGAACAUUUUAUAG